UAAGCAUCUAACAAUAAGGGAUCAUAUCAAUUCCUUAGGUAUCAUAGCCAAAACCAUUAAAGCAUAGCCAAAACUAAUGAAGUUUUAUUUUCUAGUCUUUGUAAUCCAAAAUAAAGAGAGAAAAAUUGGAGUAUUAUACAAGUCCUGAACAUUGUUCUAAGUGUUAAAAUUGCACGAUCUUCCUUUCUUUCUGCAAGAGAAACUGAGAAAAGCUAAAGCAAAAUGGAUAAAGCUCUCACUAAACUGGGAAGCUCUUGGAUCUCCAAGAAAGCCAAGGAAGAGAUUUCCAACAUAUCAUCUCUCUCAAAUAGUGUUGAAGUGAAGGCAAAACUUUUCAUCAACAAGCUUAAAGGCAAAUCCCAAGUGAAACCCUUACCAGAUCUCCUUCGAGAGCACAAUCUUCCACCUGGUCUGUUCCCCCGAAACAUAAUAUGCUAUGAAUUUGAUGAAGCAAAAGGAAAAUUGGUCGUGCACUUGUCCUCCCCUUGUGAGGUGUGCUUCAAGGACUCGUCCAUAGUGAGAUAUGCAAAUCGUGUCAAAGGGACACUGUCAAAGGGGAAGCUCACUCUUUCAGAUGGAAUGAAAACCAAGGUUCUGGUUUGGGUUAAGGUCACUAGUGUUGUUGUUGAGAGUUACAAGUCUGAUAAAGUAUGGUUCAAUGCCUCUGGUGUGAAGAAAUCAAGGCCCAAAGAUGCUUAUGAAAUGCCUCGUGAAGCUAUUAAGGUAGAACACUUUUGAGGCGAAUCAUGACAAUACAUUUACUGUUAAAUUAUAGCAUGACACUGGGUUGAAAUUGAGAAAUUGAGGAACUUAUCAUAACAAUUAUAUGUGAAGUUAUAUUAGUGCACACAUUGUGAACUAUGUUGUGUUGAAAAGUGCAGGCUCUAGGCUUGCAAUUGCAAUUUUUCCGAGGUUUAUUAAAAACAACAAUGAAACUUGUUCUUCCGAGGUUUGAAUUUCACUUUAAGUAGAUGAACUUUUACCAACAAAUCUUUUUUCAUACACAUCGCACAAAUUAAAUCAUCGAAUAAAUAAUUAACGAGUUCAGCUAUCUACCAACUGUGCUGAGACGUGAAAAUUGACACUAAAAUAAAGUAAAAUAAAUCAUUUAAUUGACUAAAAAUAUCUGAUUCUCAUUUAAUUUCCAUUUCUAUCAAAAAUCCAAAAGUGAUCAUUUAUUUCUCUUCUUCUUUUUAUACAUUUUUGGUAAAAAAAAAAAGCAAAGAUUCAAAUCUUUUAUUGGGCCAAAGCCCAGUAGUAUCACUCAGCGUCCAUCUGACGCAGAUGACAGAAAUAAAUCUAAAACAAAACCCUAAAUUGCCGAAACCCUCAUUUUCGUUUUGGUAGCUCCUCUCUCUGCUCUUCAUCUUCUCCAAAUCCAUCAAUCUCCGCCAAUAACCGCCACCAUGUCUGACGAGGAGCACCAUUUCGAGUCCAAGGCCGACGCCGGAGCCUCCAAAACCUACCCUCAACAAGCCGGUACCAUCCGCAAAAACGGCUA